GACCACCGGGAUACACCAGACGGUUCUCACGUAUAAAGACACUCAAUACCUUCUGUACGAUUUUGGAGGCGAGAGGAGCGAGAGGAAGAAAUGGAUACACGCUUUCCAAGACGUAUCGACCAUCAUCUACCCAGUCGAAGUGACCGGUUUUCGAAGGAGCUUGCGCGAAGAUAGAAACGGCGACCGAAUGCACGAGUAAUUUAUGUUAUGGGAAUCCAUCGUGAACACUUACCAUUUUGAGAAAUCCAACUUCCUAAUUGUUUUCACUAAGACGGAUUUUCUCGACGGAUAUUUGAACGACAAAGGCAUUCGCAAUUUCUUGACCUCGAAAGGAGUCCAAACAACUCACGACGAAUACUUGGACCAUCUUGAAUCGAGGUUCCGGGAGUUGAUCCGAUGGUCUGAAGACCGAGACCAACGAGUCCGGUUCGUCCACGCUAACCUCGUAGAUGCUCUCGAAACGAAAUGGGCUGCGAUGGACAUCAUGGAGGUACUGGAGGACUUUGAGAGACCGCGGACGUCUCAGUUUGGGACAUAUCCCGCGGUCAAUAGGGAGCUAUCGGAGCUAUUCGUGAAACCGCUCGUGAGGCGUAACAGCGUCAACAGCUCGUGUGAAACCUCCAGCGUCGUUGCUGGGCGGCUGUCGGUGAGGGAAAAUGAAGAUACUAAUGCGUUGCUGCUGGAUGUAACACAAUAGACAGCGGCAAAUUAGCUUGCAAUUUAGUCAGCGUCUAGCGGAGAUCUCUUUAAUUAGAUAACGAAAGCGAUUGGAUUUGAUAGGCU